AUGGCGGGCGAUAUGACCACGUUCAAGGGCAAGCCAUUUGAUCGCCCCUCUCUGGAGUCGCUCAUGAAGCGACGCCUCUUCUACACCCCCGCCUUCGACAUCUAUGGCGGUGUCUCUGGUCUCUACGACUUUGGCCCGCCCGGUUGCGCCCUCACAAACAACAUCGUCGACGUAUGGCGGAAACACUUUGUGCUGAAGGAGAAUAUGUUGGAGGUUGACUGCACCAUGCUCACCCCCCACGAAGUCCUCAAGACCUCCGGCCACGUCGACAAGUUCGCCGACUGGAUGUGUAAAGACCCCAAGACCGGCGAGAUCUUCCGCGCGGAUCAUUUGGUUGAGGAAGUCCUCGAGGCUAGGCUGAAGGGCAACAAGGAGGCACGCGGUGAGAAGGUCGAGGCCGAGGAGGAUGACCCCAAGAAGAAAAAGAAGAAGGUCAAGAACAUUGCGGCUGUCAAGCUGGAUGAUGCGCUCGUGCAGGAGAUCGAGGAGGUUCUCGCCAAGAUCGACAACUACAGCGGCGAGGAGCUUGGCCAGCUCAUGAAGAAGUACGACAUCAAGAACCCGGCCACCAACGGCGAACUGCUCCCCCCUGUCGCCUUCAACCUCAUGUUCCAAACCUCGAUCGGCCCAUCCUCGAACAUGCCCGGCUACCUGCGUCCUGAGACCGCCCAGGGCCAGUUCCUGAACUUCCAGAAGCUGCUCGAGUUCAACCAACAGCAAAUGCCAUUCGCCUCCGCCUCCAUUGGCAAGUCUUUCCGAAAUGAAAUCUCCCCACGAUCUGGUCUGCUGCGUGUACGAGAGUUCUUGAUGGCUGAGAUUGAGCACUUUGUCGACCCCGAGGGCGGCAAGAAGCACCCCCGCUUUGACGAGGUCAAAGACGUUGAGCUCGAGCUCCUCAACCGCGAGGUCCAGCUCUCCGGCAAGACCACGGUUGAGACAACUAAGAUUGGCAAGGCCGUCGAGACUGGCCUUGUUGACAACGAGACACUAGGUUACUUCCUCGCCCGUAUCCAGCAAUUCCUCCUCAAGAUCGGUAUCGACGCGAAGAAGAUCCGCUUCCGACAACACAUGGCGAACGAGAUGGCGCAUUACGCCGCAGACUGCUGGGAUGCUGAACUGCUCACAUCAUAUGGUUGGAUCGAGUGUGUAGGCUGUGCCGAUCGUAGCGCGUACGACUUGACUGUGCACAUGAAGAAGACCGGCGCACCUCUAGUCGUCCGCGAGCCAAGGAAAGAGCCCCUCAAAGUUGAGGAAUGGCAAUGCGAUCUCGACAAGAAGAAGUUCGGUCCCAAGUUCAAGAAGGACGGCAAGACGGUGGAGGCAGCGAUUGAGGCUCUUUCACAGGAUCUGCGUGAGAAGCUGUCGUUGGACCUCGAGAAGGAGGGCAAGAUUGUCAUUGAUGUUCCCGGUGUUGGUGAUGGUAAGGUCGAGGUGCCAAAGGAGCUCAUCAGCAUUGAGAAGCGUACAAGAGUCGAGAACGCACUAUGCGAGCACAUCUACUGGACGCGUGAGCAAGACGAAGCGCGUGGCAUUCUCUCCUUCCCACCUACUGUUGCACCUACCAAGGUCCUCAUCGUACCACUCAGCUCACACACCGACUUCAAGCCUUUUGUACGCACGCUGAGCGACAAGCUCCAAGAGCUUGGUAUCUCCACUCCCACUAACGAGUUCCAGCGUAACGACGAGCUCGGUACACCACUCGGUAUCACCAUCGACUUCCAGUCUGUCAAGGAUAACACUUUCACAUUGCGCGACCGCGACUCGACAGAGCAGGUUCGUGCUGGUCUGGACGAGAUCACAGGUGCCAUCUCCAGCCUCGUCAACGGCAGAGAAAAGUGGUCAGACGUCGCUGCACGCCUGCCCAAGUUUGAGGGCCAAGAGGUUGAUUAG